CCUGAACUUCGGUUUUUCUGCCGACCGCCCUCGCCCUCGAUCGCAAUUCUCUGCCUUUCCCCAAGUCAAACUGGUCGCAUCCAUCUUCAGACUUUUUCUACCAAGCCCAUUCAUAUUUUUUCAAUUUUAGAACGGUAUACUUCCGACGACGACUUUGAGUUCCUGUCCCUUUCGUUUUCUUUAACAACUAGACUUUUUGAUACCCCGGCGCAAAGCACCACCCAAUCUUCACAAUGGCUCCCCUUAUGCCCGUCGCCGUCUUUGGCUUGGAGGUUCCUCCUGGCGAGAUCCUCAUUCCCGCCGCCUCUGAGUUCCCUGCUAUCAUUCACAUCACCAUGGCUGCCCUCGAUCCCACCAAGGCUCCUGAGGCUGACGGCCAGGGCAACAUUCCCACUCUCCCCCGCUCGACCCUGAAGAUCAUCAAGGCUACUGGCCACGACCACGACGAUGAUGAUGAGGAGGAGGAUGAGUACCUCCAGUCCCUCCUCGGCGGCGGCGACUCUGACGACGAGGCCAACGGUGGCCCCAGCGAUCCCUCCAAGUCCAAGAAGGCCAAGCAGGAGGCUGCCAUCAAGAAGCUUAUGGCUGCUACCCAGGAGGAGUCUGAUGAGGAGAUGGAGGACGCCAAGCCCAACGGCAAGAAGGGCAAGAAGGGCAAGGGCAAGGCCAGCGAGUCCGACGAGGAGGAGAGCGACGAGGAGAGCGACUGCUGCGGCGAGGAUGACCUCCAGCUCGAGGACUACGUUGUCUGCACUCUCGACACUGAGCGCAACUACCAGCAGCCCAUCAACAUCACCAUCGGCGAGGGCGAGAAGGUCUUCUUCUGCGUCCAGGGUACCCACUCUGUUUACCUCACCGGUAACUUCGUUGUUCCCGAGGAUGACGAGGAGGACAGCGAGGAUGACGAGGAUGAGUCCGACGACGAGGAUUACGACUUCCCCCUUGGCGGCGAGGAUGACGAUUCCGACGAUAUGAGCGACGAGCUCGACGAGCUCGACGGCACCCCCCGUGUCAAGGAGAUCACCUCGGAAGAUGAAGAGGAGGCUCCCAAGCUUGUCGACACCAGCAAGAAGGGCAAGAAGCGCCCCGCCGAGGACGAUGCCGAGGGUCUUGAUGCCAUGAUCUCCAAGGACGACAAGAAGCUCAGCAAGAAGCAGCAGAAGAAGCAGAAGGUUGAGGAGGCCAAGAAGGAGGAGCCUAAGAAGGAGGAGCCUAAGAAGGAGACCAAGUCCGACAAGAAGGUCCAGUUCGCCAAGAACCUCGAGCAGGGUCCUACUGGCCCUGCCAAGGACAAGCUUGAGAACAAGAAGCCUACCUCUACCGUCAAGGUUGUCCAGGGCGUCACCAUCGACGACAGGAAGGUUGGUUCCGGCCGUGCUGCCAAGAACGGCGACCGUGUCGGCAUGCGCUACAUCGGAAAGCUCCAGAACGGCAAGGUCUUCGACUCCAACAAGAAGGGUGCCCCGUUCUCCUUCAAGCUCGGCAAGGGUGAGGUGAUCAAGGGUUGGGACAUCGGUGUUGCUGGCAUGGCUGUUGGUGGUGAGCGUCGUCUCACCAUUCCCGCGCACCAUGCCUACGGCAGCCGUGCCCUUCCCGGCAUCCCCGCCAACAGCACUUUGAUCUUCGACGUCAAGCUCCUUGAGAUCAAGUAAAUCGUGACAUCUCGAAGCGUGAGGUAUGAAGGCUUUGGCUAGCGUUGCGAUUUCUAUGGCGGUUGUCAAUCGCAACCUCUCGUAUUCUAUGGCUAGCAAGUCUCGGGUUUUCUUUCGUCAGCACAUAUUUCCUUGCGCUCAUGUUGGGUUUGGUCAAGGAAGUGGGAACGUCAUUUCAGCAGCAUAAUGUCAAAAGUUUCGGGUCUGGAUUUCUUUCUGUACUUUGGGUUGUACAUCGUUCAAGGGGCACGAGAUACUCUAUACUGCGUCUUUCAAUUGCAAAGAAGCAACAUUUCUAUGAUACCUACACUCGGGUCAGCAACCUUCUUCGAUGUUUCAAGAUGUCGAGGAAAGUGCCUCUAAAUGACGUACGGUAACAACUUCCAGGAAAGAGUGACGGUUUGCUACAAACGCUGUGGUUCUUUUCAGAAUCGUAGUCGCACCUG